AAUGAGUUUUAUUUACAGGAAGUGCUCGGGGUAGCUAGCCGCAAAAGAUGAAUGUCUUUGGUGUAUUUUAAUCAGUCAGUUUUAGCCGACGUGGUUUGGAGCGAGCGCACAUUACACCCGGGCUUCAAUAAACAUCCCAACCACUGGACUCAAGGACGAACCCAUUCCCGUGAACAGGCACAUCUGGAUUGGGGCUAAGCUAACUCGUGGCUAGUGAAUUUCCUCCUGCGCCGCCGAUCAGCUGAUUCACUCACAUGACCUUCCUCCCUUUCCAGUUUCGGGCAAGUCAUGUUUACUGGCGCCCAGAGAGUAACACGGAGAAUCGUUUUAAGACGACGGAAACCAAUAUGGUAGAGGUAGUUUAGGGACCUUACGCAGCGGAUGAAGGGACAGCGGCCGGUCACAAAGAGCUAAAUAUGUUCCUGGAAACACACUGAGUCUGCACGAAGAGGAGCAGACAAAGGGUUAGCUAAGCGACUCCGGCAUUUGUUGAUGUGCUCUCCACUCCAGUAGAUAUCUUCUUUUUUUUUUCUUUUUUCCUUGUUUGUUCACUUCCUCAAGGAAUUUAAGUAUACGCCAAAAUGAGUCCAGAGGGGAAGAGGCUGCUGAACAUCGUCAUCCUCGGCUUCGGCUUCAUGUUCAUGUUCACGGCUUUUCAGACAUGUGGCAACAUAGAGCAAACAGUCAUCAAGAGCUUCAACAGCACCGACUUCCAAGGAAGCGGGUACACAAGCAUGGCCAUCAUCUACGGAGUUUUCUCCGCUUCCAACCUGAUCGCUCCUUCGGUGGUGGCGAUCAUUGGGCCGCAGCUCUCCAUGUUCUUCAGCGGCCUCUUGUACAGCGGAUACAUCGCCAUGUUUAUUUACCCGUACACCUGGAGCUUCUACACAGCGUCCGUGUUGGUCGGGAUAGGAGCAGCAGUGCUCUGGACGGCGCAGGGAAACGUUCUGGCCAUCAACUCCACUGAAAACACCAUCGGAAGAAACAGUGGCAUUUUCUGGGCGCUGCUGCAGUUCAGCUUAUUCUUUGGAAACAUCUACAUUUACUUUGCCUGGCAUGGACACGUUCAUAUAACAGACAAAGACCGGCGGACGGUGUUCAUCUCCCUGACGGUGAUCAGCCUGGUCGGUUGCUUCCUCUUCUUCCUGAUCCGAAAGCCCGAGCCCGAGUCCCCUCCUCCUUCUGAAGUGACGGAGUCGCUGCUGCAGGCCGACUCCAUUAACAGCUCCACGGCCAGCUCUCCCCCCCGCUCGGGCCUCUGCUCGCAGGCGCUGGACGCUUUUGUGAAAGCGUGCAAAAUCUUCGUCACCAAAGAAAUGCUGCUGCUGAGCAUCUCCAUAGGAUACUCAGGGUUGGAGCUCACCUUUUACAGCGGGGUGUACGGGACGUGCAUCGGGGCCAUGACCAGCUUCGGCAGCGACGCAAAGAGCUUGAUAGGGAUCUCGGGCAUUUGCAUCGGCGUAGGCGAGAUCUUAGGAGGGGGCGUGUUUGGGAUGCUGAACAAGAGGAUUGGCUUCGGGAGGAACCCGGUGGUGCUGCUGGGGCUCAUCACGCACUACGUCGCCUUUUUCUUGAUUUUCCUCAACAUUGCCAGCGACGCUCCUCUGGCCCCUGAGUCGGGAACGGACAUGCAGGCCUUCAUGACUCCCAGCAUCGUGGUGGCGUUGCUCUGCAGCUUCUUGCUCGGCCUGGGCGACAGCUGCUUCAACACGCAGCUCCUCAGCAUCAUCGGCUACAUGUACCACGACAACAGCGCCCCGGCCUUCGCCGUCUUCAAAUUCAUCCAGUCCAUCAUGGCCGCGCUGGCCUUCUUCUACAGCAACUACCUGCUGCUGCACUGGCAGCUGCUCAUCCUGGUCGUGGCGGGAUUCCUGGGCUCCGUCACCUUCUUCGCCGUGGAGCGGAAGGCCGAGGCCACCCGGCGGGACUCGGACUACGACAGCAUCUGAUCCGCGUCGGACGAAAAAGGAGACGACGUUUCACUACACAGCUGGGGAAAAAAAAGAAAAAAAAAAAGGACCCAGGGGCGACAAGCGUAUCCGAGCUACUGAGGCUGCGGUAUGUUUGGUUUGUGCAGAGCCACCCAGUUCGUACGGAGCCAAAUACUCAUCCUGAUCUAAACGUUUAUGUGACUAAAUCAGAAAGCGCACAGAGGCUUUGUUUUCACACCACACAUAUACCUCAUCUCGUUUCAUUCCUCGCCCCUUUUUUCAUUUCCACAUAAUUGUAAUCUUGUCUAUGAAGUAUAGAGCACUUUUGAUUCAGGCCCUUUAAAGGAUAAUAUAGUGCCAGUAUGGACGGAGGAAUAAAACUGACGUUAUUCUGAAUCAGCUGCAGGAUUUAAUGGCUGCAUGUGUCGGCUUUAAGUCAUUUCGGUCAGUUUCCCUCUCAUCCCACGAAAAGACCCAACUAUUAAUCUUCCACUUCAAUUAAAAAUCACAUUAGUGGACUCCACAGGGACGCAUGCUCCUUACAACCACACACUCCUAGUUUUCCCACACACCAUCAGCGUUGCCAUAAAUAUCCACUACAGCAAUUCUGUUUUCCUUGCAUCUUUUCGUGAGAUCUUUUUCUGGAUGUGUUAACAAGAAAACAAACUUGACCCGCAGCCAUGAACGCACACCGUGCAUCCUUUCAACUUUGAUUACAAUGAAAUACUGACAAGACAGUCGCUUCUCUGCGUCGCAGUUUUUCCUUUGUGAGUCAUUUACCGGUCCGGCUUUCCUGUCCCGGAUGGCGCCCGACCUUUCUCAUUAACCGGGAGCGAAAGAAGUUUGAAGUCGCCGAGCAAUUCCUUCCCAAUUGGUUUAGUUGUGGUGCGAUCCCGUGACCCUGCACCCUAGCAAACAUCUCAUAAUUACAUGUGGGUGACUGCGUUUAGCUCCGAAGUAAAAGAGGCUGUUUGUUUUGUGCCUGAACGGAAAGAAAGAAAGAAAGAAAAGGCCCCUUUCUUGUCUUUGCUCUCUUUUUCCCCCCUUUUCUAAUGCCUAAUGCUAAAGGUUUUACAGAGAAACUGCAGCAACAACAUGGUAGAUGAGGGGGAUUUUAUUCUUUAUAUAUAUCCCACUGGUGCCAAUAGGUAGAGUUGUGUGCUACGUUAGCAGAGAGUGCUCUAGUCAUUUAGUACAGCUAAGGUUUGUGGAUUCACUAUAGACAUUAACAAAGCAGCAGGUAGGUCUUCAUGUUAAAAUGCUUGUUCUCACAGUUCCCAUCGUGUUUCACCUCUAGGAGCAGUUUAUCAUAUCGUCUAUAAUGAACCGCUCUUGAUUGUCACGUUCUUCGUUUGUGUGAGCAUGCUGCCUCCAGCAAAACCAGUGGGAUCGAGAACCGCCAGCAUGGAUGUAAGAUUAUAAAGUUAGCUUUGCAAUUGUUAUGUGUGGAAAGACAUUUGGGUACUAAUUACUUAAUAUUAAAAAUGUAACAACUUCAGUGCAGAUUAUACGAAGUCAAACAAACAAACCCCCUAUAAGUCAAAUGUUUUCUUUUAUAAUCGGAUAAACUAAGUUCCUUGGCAAUAAUUCUGAUUAAAACAAACAAAUAUAGUUGAUAAAGAAAAUAUUGGUUAUCAAUAUAUUUCUUCUUUUUCAUUACCAGCCUUGUUCCCUAAUCAGUUGUGUCUCGUUUUAAGUGGAUCUGAUGCCAAACCUACACGGGCCUUGAGACAUGUUGUCUGCUCCAGACUCCAGAAUCACGUCAUGUUGUCGUAGUUAAAGGCAAAAACAAACCUCAUCGGAGAUGCUGUAGUUUCUUUUUCUUCUUCUUUCAGUUUACGGAUGACAGUGCAUUGUACUCGUUAAUUUAUGGAUGGGUUUGCUUAAGUUUUGAUUCAGUGUAUGCAAUCGAGGAUAUUAAGGGAAAUGCAUGUGUACUGUGAGGGUGAUUUUAUACUUGAACGUAGUGAUUAAGAGUGGCACCCAAACACUGGCUUGCUUGUUUUUAUUAUCAAUAAAAUGUUAUUUUGAACAUUA